AUCAGACUUGACAUAUUAUUUAUGUUACAAAAAAUAAACAAGAAAAAAUUGUAAACAAACCUCAAAAAUUUUUUGCUAACUAAGAUCCAUGGUCACUAAUGUCACACAAAGAUAAGCAAAAUCGCCAAUGAGCAACAUUUUAGUUAUUAGAACAACUUUUUCAAAUGGAAAGAUAGCUGUUAAAACUUUACUUAGGGAGUACUUAAAAUCAAAUCAGCAUAAUGUUCAUAUUAGGCAUUCAUCAGAAACUCCAGUCCAGGUUUUGGAAAGAAAAAUUUCUGAAAAAAAAUUACUUCCUGAUGCAUAUCAAAUGAAAGCAAUGACUUUUUUAAAUAACUUGCAUGAGCAAUUGCUUAAUUAUACUCCAAAAAUGAGAGCUGCAGAAACUCAAGGUGGCUUCUUUUCAAUUUUUAAAGGGAAUAAUCGUAAAGAUCACAAUCGAGUUGAAACAGAUGCCCCUAAAGGAGUUUACUUGCAUGGUGGAGUGGGAGGAGGAAAAACUACCAUUAUGAAUAUAUUCUAUAAUUGCUGUGACAUGGUACCGAAAAAACAAAGAAUUCACUAUACAUCUUUCAUGAACAAAGUUCAUUCUCGAAUUCAUGACGCUAAAUUGGAGAUGAAUACUCGAGCGAACGAUAAAACACCUUUCGAUCCCACAUUGCCUGUAGCUAAUUCAAUAGCAAAUGAAUCUUGGCUUCUUUGUUUAGAUGAAUUUCAAGUUACUGACAUUGCUGAUGCUAUGAUACUUAAACGUUUAUUUACACAUUUAUUUAAUAAUGGAGUAGUACUUGUUGCAACUAGUAAUAGACCACCAGAUGAUCUCUAUAAGAACGGGCUACAACGCAGUCAAUUUCUUCCUUUUAUUCCAAUGCUUAAAUCAAGGUGUGAAAUUGUAAGUGUAGAUGGAGGUGUCGAUUAUAGACAGUUAGCUGCAAAAGGAACUGGUGACGGUUACUUUUUUGUUAAGUCAAAAGUGAAUGCAGAUCAAGAAAUAGAUAGAAUGUUUAAAAUAUUAUGUACUCAAGAAAAUGAUACAAUUCGUCCAAAAACUAUUACUCAUUUUGGAAGAGAUUUAACUUUCGCUAAAACUUGUGGUCAAGUAUUAGACAGCUCAUUCAGUGAACUUUGUGAUAGACCAUUGAGUGGAAAUGAUUAUAUUCAAGUUUCACAAUAUUUUCACACCGUUAUUAUUAGAGAUGUACCAGAAUUGACAUCAUUACUUAAAUCUCAAUUUAGAAGAUUUGUAACACUUAUAGAUAAUUUAUACGACAACAAAAUCAGAGUGAUUAUAUCAUGUGAUGUAUCUGUUGAGGAAUUAUUUGUACUUUCAUCACCAACCGACUUAUCCGAUGAACAUAGAGUGUUAAUGGAUGACUUAAAAAUUGAACAUGGUUCGCAAGAAUCCGCUGCAAGUGUUUUUACAAACUCGGAGGAAAUUUUUGCCAUUGAUCGAGCACGUUCGCGCCUCAAUGAAAUGCAAACGCAACAAUACUGGCAAGAAGCUGGUAAAGGCCGAUAAGAAUUUCGAAAAUUUCGAAUUUAAGCAAUUUAAAAAAGCAAAAUUGUUAGUUAAAAUUUUUGCCCUAAUUUCUAAAAAUUUUAUUUUGAAUUUAUUUUUUGACUAGCUAUAUACAUACAUAUUUAUGAAACAAAUUAAUUGUAAUAUGUUAACUAUAUUAAAUAUUGUUAUUAACAUUUUUAGUCAA